AUGGCAAAAGAUGUGGAAAGCGUAUUCCGCAUUGUCUACGAUGAUUUGGGCAUAUUCCGCAACGAAAGCAAUGGGCUCUGGCAGAACCGAACGUUCUGCAUCGUCGGCUUCGAACACGAAAUACCAAGCGGUGCGGAACUCAUAAAGUACAUACUGGAGGCGCUAAUCAAACGUGGAGCCAGCGUGGUAAAGUUGCCGAAUGACAAACUCGAAAACAAGACGCUUUCUAUUGUAGACUACUACCUGUGCAAUUACUCCUUGGGAUACAACGCACUUGCCCACGACAUCCUUGAAACCAAACUAGUCACACCAAUAUGGCUCUACACGUGCCACCGAGAUGCACGCAUACAUGACACGAAAACUCUGCCCAUAUUCACGCCAGUGGGUGUGUUCUGCCCGCUGAUGUUCGCCAAGGACGAUGUGACCAUUUGGAUCGUCAGCGAAAUGCCCUCAAAGGAACUCAGACACAGCUCCGAUGUGCUGUCGAGGUUUGCCAGGCAUUGCGGGUUUAGAAUCAUCGGGUUUAGCGAAACUAGAUCAGAUGCCGCACCAAGGUCGAAGACGUAUAUAGUCAUGGGGCAGACUUUGGACAAGGCAGCAGACUCGCACAUUAUCGCAUACGCUAACAAGCAUAAGAUUCCGUGUGUGGCGAUACAGUGGCUUAUCGAUUGCUACGUAGCCGGCGAAAUUGAGGACAUCAAGAAGUACUCCGUUGACAUACAGUUCGAGGCCACCAUGAAACCCAAUUCGAAGAAGCGCAGAUUAAGUGCAAUAGACGCCACCAUCGCAGCAUGCGUUCAGGAGGGUCGCGUAAUGUGUCUGUCAUAUUCGGCUGCCGUCGAAGCCACCGAGGAGGUGCGAGAAAUGAUCAGAAGCAAAGAAAUAAAAGUGCAUGUAAUCAACCCUCUGUACCUACUUGCACCGUGGUCGAUGGAGCAGAUUUCAGGACGUGAGAGGACCCUCUACAACAACCUCUCGCUGGUGGAUGAAGAUCGGAUCAUUCUUUACAUUUCAAGACAGGAGGCGCGCAAUGGCGCAUUUGGGAUAUUCGCGCAAAUAUCCAUGUUCAUGGAGUACUGCAAGUUCAGACGCAAGAAAAGGAACAAAGCGGUGCGCAACAUCGAAAUCCACCCACUGCAAGACAUGUACCUCCCAGCGUACCCCGGAAUAGAAUCAGCCAUCUCCAUACCCGAAGAGAUGUUGGCCGGAGAUUCUCUAGUUUCCAGGGGACGCACAAGAUCUUUCAACUUGUACGACCUCGCCGACAGUGUUGCAUUCAUGGGCGACGACAAUGCACUGCUGGAGGAGGAAGAAAUGUGCGGACCAGACAUACACGUUCGACAGAGCGCGAACGAGUAUAGUAGAUUAUUGCGAGAUGCAGAGUUGCGAUGGAGGGACUCAAAAUGA